GAAGACGUCAGCACUCAGCAGUUCAGCACUGACCCGUCGGCCGUCGCCCUCCCGGCUCGCAACCGCAUCUCUCUCGGCUUCUGGCCUCUUCCUAGUUCCUAACUACCACCGCCACCUCUACCACUGGCCUCAAUCUGCAAACCCUAGCCCUCGUCGCCGGCGGCCAUGGCCGAGACCGUCGACGACAAGGUCAGCUACUUUCAGGCCGUCACCGGCAUCUCCAACACGGACCUCUGCACGGAGAUCCUCGCCGCGCACAACUGGGACCUGCAGCUCGCGGUGUCCACCAUCACCGCCAACCCCUCCUCGCCCUCCGCUUCGGCCUCCACCUCCUCGCGUGACCCGGCCCCUUCCGCUCCGUUGGCGGUAGAUGCGGAGUACGUCGCGCCCCCGCCGCCGCUGCCGCUGCCGCUGCCGCCCCAGCAGCAGCCGGGGAUCGCGUGGAAGCUGGUGACGCUCCCCUUCCACGUGGUCUCGGGUGGGGUCGGCCUCGUCGCCGGCACGUUCCGCCUUGGCGCCUGGGUAGCCGGGGGCGUGCUGUCCCGCUCCCUCUCCCUCCUCGGCCUCGCGGGGCAAGCCGGCAGCGGUGACCGCCUGCUAGAGUUGCCGCCGUCAGCUGCCGAGGCGGCCGACUUCGUCGCUGAGUUCGAGCGCGAGUUCGGCGCUGGCCGCGGCCCGCGCUUCGUGGCCGAGGGGUUCGCUGAUGCGCUGAAGCGAGCGCAGCGGGAAUUCAAGCUUCUGUUCGUGUACCUCCACUCCCCUGAUCACCCGGAUACCCCUGCCUUCUGCGGUGGCUGCCUCUGCGCUGAACCCGUCGCGGCCUUUAUAGAUGAGAACUUCGUUGCCUGGGGCGGUAGCAUCAGAAGGACUGAAGGAUUCAAGAUGAGCAACAGCCUGAAUGCGUCGAGAUUUCCGUUUUGUGCUGUGGUCAUGGCUUCUACAAACCAGAGAAUCGUGCUAUUGCAGCAGGUUGAAGGGCCCAAAUCACCUGAAGAGAUGAUAACAGUUCUUCAACGUGUUGUUGAAGAAUGUGCUACAUCACUUGUUGCUGCUAGGAUUGAAGCUGAAGAGAGACUAAACAACCAGCGAUUGCGUGAGGAACAAGAUGCUGCUUACAGAGCUGCACUUGAAGCUGAUCAGGCCAGGGAACGUGAAAGGUUAGAGGAACUGAAAAGACGUGAAAGAGAGGCUGCAGAGGCUGAGAAAAAGCGUAAAGAAGAGGAGGAAGCUGUAGCAAGGGCAUCCCAAGAAGCAGCUGAGAAGGAAGCUGCUCUUGCAAGGAGGAGGCAAGAGAAGGCCAUGGCUCUUGGAGCUGAACCUGAGAAAGGACCAGGUGUUACUCGGGUUCUCAUAAGAUUCCCAACUGGAGAGCGCAGAGAGCGGAGAUUCUACAGUUCUGCAACCGUCGCUUCCCUCUAUGACUAUGUCGAUUCUCUAGACUGCAUGAAAGCGGAGAAGUACACCCUAGUUUCGAAUUUCCCACGCGUUACAUAUGGUCCAGAAAAGCAAUCCCUGACGCUGGAGGAAGCAGGCUUGCAUCUGCAGGCGAGCUUGUUUAUCGAGAUAGAACAAUGAUGCUGUAAGCUAAAGAAAAGCCGAAACUAAAGUACAGACGCUCCUUUUUCGAAGUUGUUCAGCGACAGUUAAGGAUUUCCAGAUGGUAAUACACCACAGGUGCAUGCUUCUUGUGUACUUUUGUCAUGAACUAAAAUUCGCUUCCACCAAUAUCAGUUGGCUGCAGCCAGGUCUUGUAAUAUGUUGUGUGACUUACGUUUCUCAGCCACUAUACUGCAGUGCUUCAGGGAGGUAGGCAAAACUGGAAGGCUUGUAGCCACACCGCCAUACAUAUGAUUUGCUCCCGUUGUCGUUGAGCAGCCGG